UAGCAACCGGGCGAAAAGUUCAGAUUAGUCAAAAGGCGUUUAGUUUAGGUUUAGACGCUGAUAAGACAAUAGGGCAUUCAGAUAACGCUGAUGCGAGAGAUUGCGUCCUGGCCGGCCGGCGGUGACGCGACACGUAUUAUCGACAAACAUACAUAUCCCUUGAAAAUUGAAAUAAGAUAGUAUGCUGUCGCGGGUUCUUUAGGUCCGUUUAAAUUCACACGUGUUUACGAUUUCUAAGUAAUUUCAAGAGAACAGUACGUCAAACUAUAAUAGGAAAUAUUCAGCCACCAGAGAUGCUGCUGCAGAUAUAUUCGUUGUGCAUCUUAGGAUUGGAUCUCAUGACACUCAUCAUCGGAGUGUGCUACACAAUUCUGAUCGCUGUCUAUAGAAUGUUUAGACCGCCACCGUUGAAAAAUCUCAACUAUGAAGUGGCUAUGGUCGUAGGUGCAGGACGUGGGAUAGGCAAGGAACUUGCUCUACAGCUGUGUCAAUUUGGUGUCGUGGUUGCUUGUGUAGACAUUAACGCAGAAACUUGCACUGCUACUGCGCAACGUGCUCAACAGUUACAUGGAAUAUGUAAAAGCUAUCAGUGCGACGUGAGAAAUAAAGAUGCAGUUGCUCAAAUUGUGAAUCUUAUUAAGAUCGAGUUAGGAAACAUUACAAUGCUUUUCCAUUGUUGUGGUUUGCCCAGCCCACGUACGUUAAUACAAGAAUCAUCAGAAGUAAGAGACACUAUGGAUUUAUCAGUCAUCAGUCAUUUUUGGUUGUUGGAUUCAGUUUUGCCAUGUAUGCGACAAGCUGGUAAAGGCCACAUUACGAUCCUUUCAUCCGUCGCUGGUCUUUCCAAUGGAUCCAGUGGUCGAGGAACCCGGGUUCCCUUAUCUACUGCACAAUUUGCUGUCCAAGGCUUAGCAGAAUCCUUGCAUAUGGAAUUAAGACAUUCAAAUAGCAACAUCAUCGUUUCAUUGGUUCACGUUUAUCCCUUUAUCGUUGGAACGGAAAUUGCAAAAGACAUACGUUUUAGAAUUCCGAGUUACUUUGGUACAAUGCCUGCCGCAGAAGCUGCUAGACAAAUUUUAGAUGGUGUUCGCCGAAACUACGCGGAGUUUAGUGUACCAGGAUAUUUGCUUUAUCUUGGACAUGUACUUAGGAUUCUUCCAAAAAAGGCAUCUUUUAUGUUACGCGAUUUGUUAGACACUGGAGUUGACUUUGCGUAAUGUUAAUA